AUGAAUGCUUCACAGACAGCUGUAAGGAGGACCUCCCUCCGAUCGCUACGAUCAAGCCAAUGGUCCAGACAUGCCAGCAGCGCGCCUCCGCCUCCACCUCCCCAGCCGCCCAGAGGUCAAAGUGCAGCCAGGUUCAUCGGUUACGGUGUCGCCUUUGGUGCGGCGGCCGCCGGUUCCUACUACUACCCUACACUGAAGGAGAUCUUUGUGGGUGACAAUGCGCCCGUCGAGAUCCCCAAGGCGCAACCAGAGUUUGAGAAGCCGAGGAAGAUUGCGCGGUCUGCCGAGGAGAAUCGCGAGCUCCUCAGCUCGCAGCAUCUCCAGGUGCAGAAGAGCUGGGAGCAUCCUGGGGUGUACUUAUGGGGUUCCAAUGUUGGUCGGGUCGUAGACCCUGAAUCCAAGGACAAGUACGUCAAGCUGCCGCGCCGGCUCAAGCUCUUUGACGACCAGCUCCUGCGUGACCUCAAGCUCACGCAGGCCUUUGGCGCCGCUAUCAACGAGAAGGGUGAUCUUAUCCAGUGGGGGUUAGGGUUCUCAAAUGCCGACCCAUCACCAGUCGUCACGAUCAAGGGCAAAGACCUGGCCAAAAUCGACGUGUCGGCGGAUCGCAUUAUUGCCCUGUCCAAGAACGGCACGGUCUAUGCCAUUCCUUCGUCCCGGGACGACUUGGGCGGGUUGGUCAAGCAGUCGGACAAGAGCUCGUGGUCGCUGUGGAGCUCUGGCCAAGCUGCGCCUAGCCUACGAGACAUCACCCCCAGUAGUCUCGGUUGGAGCGAGAGGGUCGCCGAUAUUAGCAGCGGUCUUGACCACUGCCUCCUCUUGACGUCGAGCGGCCGAGUCUUUGCUGCUGCUUCGAGCAGCUCGGAUUUCCCGGCCAAGGGCCAGAUGGGCAUUCCAGGACUGACGUGGGAGACGAGACCCAAGGGACACUAUGACCAGCCGCACGAGAUAAGUGCGCUGAAAGGCUUCAAAGCCGCCCAGAUUGCCACUGGCGACUAUCAUUCGGCUGUUCUAGACAGUGCUGGCAGGAUCUUCACUUUUGGCGACAAUCUCUACGGGCAGCUGGGCUGUGAGGUUGACAUUUCCGAGUCAUUCAUUAACACGCCAACGAUUUUGCCCAUCAAAAAAUUGUACAAGGGCACAGGGCUCGCACCCACGGUGACUGGCAUCAUGGCCGGCGGCAACAACCUGUACUUCACCGUGGAUUCUGAGGCCUCCCAGGAUUCUACCGUCACAAAGUCGGCUGCGCCCGCCAGGAGGAUGCCUGGGAUCACGACCGACUUCUGGGCAGCUGGCCAAGGCGUGUACGGCUCAUUGGGCACGGGCCGAUGGACGCAUGUGUCCCAGGGACCGACCAAGGUCAAAGCCUUGUCGUCUCUGUUUGAGUUUGACGAGAGCGCGAACAAGCUGAUACCCAUCAAGCUCAAGUCCGUCAGCGUGGGCGCGACCCACUGCGCCGCCAUCAUGGACAAUGUGACCGAGACGUCCAUCGCGCGCCGAGCCCGCGGUGAUAACGACGUCAACUGGGGUGCGGACGUCGUGUUCUGGGGCGGGAACGAACACUACCAGCUGGGCACCGGCAAGCGAAGCAAUCAGAACGCGCCCGUGUACAUUGGGCCUCUGGAUGGAGGCCAGGGCGACUCUGACAAGGGACGCAAAGGGGAGAGGCACAGGCUGGCCUUGACGCCGCGUGAGACGGCUCGUCUCGGAGAGGGCGGCAAGGGGCGCAAGGUCACGCUGGAGCAGAAGGUCGAGUGCGGGCGGUACGUGACAGGUGUCUACUCGUCUGUGUAA